AUGACCGACCUUCGCCAUCUCUCAGGCACCGACAACAUCGUCGCCGACGCCCUUUCACGAGCGCCGAUCGCAGCGGUCACCGAUGGAUUCCCCGCCUCGAUUGAUUACUCGGCAUUGGCAGAGGCGCAAGAGCCCGACGCCGAGAUUCAAGAGCUCCUGCUUUCUUCGCACUCUCUCGACAUCAAGAGCGUGCCGACGUUGAUUCCCUUCGUGCCUGGCUCUGUGACUGGGCCCGGUCAUGCGUGGCUUGCCAGCGGCUCCAAGGUUCAGCGUCACACAAUCUCACCGCCGUCGCAGUUCCCGGAGCCCGACGGACGUUUUCGCCAUGUCCAUCUCGACCUUGUUGGACCCCUUCCACCUUCUAAGGGCUGCGCCUACCUGUUCACUUGCAUAGAUCGUUUCACGCGCUGGCCCGAGGCUGUACCCAUCCAAGACAUCACCGCCGACACCGUCGUCCACACGUUCCUCCACUCGUGGAUCGCUCGCUUUGGGGCUCCAGCGGUUAUCACCACCGAUAGAGGCAGGCAGUUUACGUCCCACCUUUUCGCCGACGUAUGCCGCUUCCUGGGCGCUCGCCACCUGCAGACGACGGCCUACCAUCCCAGUGCUAAUGGCAUAGUAGAACGUCUUCACCGAACCCUGAAGAAUGCGCUUCGCACUGACCCCACUGGCCGCUGGGUGGAGCGUCUACCCAUUGCACUUUUGGGCAUCCGAGUGGCCAUCAGGUCCGACUUUCCUGUUUCACCCGCAAGUCUCGUAUUUGGGACGCCCCUACGACUUCCGGGACAGUUCUUCGACAGCGCCACGGCACAGCAGCCAGCCCCAGGCCCCUUGUUAUUCGCUGCUCGCCUGCACGCCUACUGUGCGGAUCUCCGCCCGCCCCCGACUCGCUCAUCGUCACGCCCAACCUUCGUCCACCCAGAACUGGCCACGUCCACCCAUAUCUUCCUGCGCCACGACGCCACCCGUAGACCUCUCCAGCCUCCGUACGACGGUCCGUCGCUCGUCCACUUCCGCCAAGGCAAGACUGUGACCACCCAACUGCCGAACCGCCGGGAGGUCGUGUCCAUCGACAGGGUGAAGCCGGCCUUCCUCCUGCAAGACGCUCCGGCCCCAGCGUCACGCAUGCCGCUGCCAAAACUCUGCAGCACCUUCGCCGAGAAGGGUCCGCUGGGCGUCCGGCCCGCCUUCGGUGCGACUCAUGCCGUCGCAGCCUUCGGUCCAGAGGGGGGGGGGGGAGGCUUGUAG